AUGAUUAAUAGUAGAUCCAAAAAUUACAUCUCUCACUUUCACUUAAUUGCGGUAGCAUUUUUUUGUAUGUUUUUUAUAACAAAUGCGAAAAAUACAACUAGUCAAGAUCUGGAUAUACAGUUUAAAAAUGAUUCAUCUUGUACAAUAUUAUCCCCAGUUUAUUCAAAAACGUAUUUAUCUGAUUUUGAGUUAAAAAAUGGAAAAGAUGUUAUGCCAAUGGAUAAAGAAGGCGGACAUUCAUCAAGUGGCGGACAUUCAUCAAGUGGCGGACAUUCAUCAAGUGGCGGACAUUCAUCAAGUGGCGGACAUUCAUCAAGUGGUGAAGGGGAAGGUAGUAGUAGCAGUAGUAGCAGUAGUAGCAGUAGCGGUAAAGGAGGUGAAAGUAGUGAAUCAAGUAGUGAAGAGGAAGGCGAAAGUAGUAGUAGCAGUAGUAGCAGCAGUAGUAGUAAAGGAGGUGAAAGUAGUGAAUCAAGUAGUGAAGAGGAAGGUGAAGAUGGAGGAAACGAGAAUAGUUCAAGUGGUACAAAAGGAAAUUCUGGAAAUAGUAAUAACAACAACCACGGUAAUAAACCAGAAACUCGUACCACUGUUUAUAUUCCAUACGUUGUUCUUGUUCCCUUUGGAAAACAUUCCUCUACCUAUAGUACAAAAACCAAAGAGAUUAUUAGAGAUAUUAAUGGAACAUCCACUUACAAAGCUUCUGCAUCACAUAACAUACAUAUUCCAUCUGUUUUCAAAAUAGUUUUUGAAGUUUUUCGUUAUUUAAUGAUCAUUUAA